AUGCUACAUGGUCAAAAUAUUCACAAGCUUCUGACGCAAACUUUACGUUCGGUCCAAACUUUAACCUCUGACCGCGAGGAAGUACUCUACUCAUCGAUCUUAUUAUCGGGCCUCAAUGGAAGCAUUAUAUCUUACGCAAACCGCGAAGAUACUCCCGCGUCUUACAACAAAUCUACCAACAACUUGAAAAUGAUGUCCCUCCUCAUACGGGACAAAUGGAAUGAAGACCAAAUGGAUCCCAGUGCGCAGUCCACAUCGAGUUGUUACACUUGCGAGCUGCGGACAGACCCUGAAGAUGGAAACUCAGAGGCUACGCAUAUUUACACUUACGAGAUAGAGGACCUGCAUGCUUGUGUCGCACAGAUUCCCAGAAGCGAUCUACUACUGCUGUUCAUCGGCAGUGGGCAGUAUCCCUACGGGCUUGAAGUCCUCAAAAUGAAGGCUGCCUUGGAAGGUCUCGCCAGUAUGCAAGGGUACAAGCUGAACUAG